AGUACGGCGUUGAGCACCGCGGCGGCAGUUCGGAAAGAGAGAGCGUCUUCGGGCACCGGCGCGUCGUCUGCUCCGGACGCUGCGCUCGUCGUCGUCUGCUGCGCGGCGUGGGCCAGCCGAAGGGCCCGGGAGGCGCAUGCUUUUGACUUUGGUGCGCAAGGCGCAAAGUGUUUUGUUGUCGCCGCAAGAGGCUCACGGUCGCCGCCUGCACGCCGAUCGGAGCGACUGUCGUGCCAAUUUUGUGAAUCGUCAAAGGGUUUUUUGAACAACGUUUGCCAAUUGCCCUUGGCAUAGUCUCUGAAGUGGUCACUCGGAAUAGAGUGAUAAACAAGGGUGCUAUCGUCGAAGCUUGGGGUGCCUGAGUUGCAAGGCCCACGGAAAGAAAGGAACGACAAGAAAGCUUGCGGAGUGGUAUACCUUAGCGCCGUCGGUGGACCCAGUGAAAGUCCCGGGGAGAACUUUUCUUCGGAUUCGUCACACAGUCUCCGAGCCUGGUGGGUGACGUGCACGCUGAUUCGGCGCUGAGCACGUCCAAGCUGGGCAGGCAGUACGUGGCCCUCGACUCGGACUGCAUGAGUGUCAAGAGCGAGCACAACCUCACCAAUGCGCUCAUACAGAACAACUGUCGCGCUCCCAUGGCGAGCCUGGAGUGCCUGGACGAGGGGACACUGUCCAGCGGCAGCUCCGUGCUGGCCAGCCAACCACCCACCAGACAGGUGUCCACGUUCGCGCCGCCUGCUGUCCGCUACAGAAAUCUUGGGAAAUCAGGACUACGCAUAUCAAACGUCGGUUUAGGAACCUGGGUGACCUUCGGCUCACUAAUAUCAGAAGAGGUUGCGGAAGACAUCGUAACGGCUGCCUUCGACAACGGGAUCAACGUCUUCGACACGGCCGACAUUUACGCCGGAGGAAAGGCCGAGGUGGCUCUUGGCAAGGUGCUCAAGAAGAAGCGCUGGAGACGAUCUUCAUACAUAGUCACAACGAAAUUGUUUUGGGCGACGAAGGGCGAUUCCGAACGAGGGCUGUCUAGGAAAGCCAUCAUUGAAGGUCUUCACGCGUCGCUGGAGCGGCUACAGCUGAGCUACGUAGACAUAGUGUUAAUCAACAAAGUCGACUCCAUGUGUCCCAUGGAAGAGAUAGUCCGGACGUGCACCUACUGCAUUAACCAGGGCAUGGCCAUGUACUGGGGCACAUCACGAUGGAGCCCCGUGGAAAUAAUGGAAGCGUACACAGUGGCUAGGCAGUGUCACCUGGUGCCCCCCGUCGUGGAACAGACCGAGUACCACAUGUUCCACAGGGACAAGGUGGAACUGCAGCUACCAGAGCUGUGCCAAAAGAUAGGAAUUGGCACAAUGUCAUGGUCGCCGCAGGCCUUCGGCGUUCUGACGGGAAAGUUUGACGAAGGCGUCAACCUGCUCUCAAGGGGCUCGUUCAGGCAAUACGUUUCCGCCGUGACGGACAAGGUGGACCGUCCGGAGAAGGCCAUCUGCGAGGAGUCCGGCGGCCGCUUCACGCGGCAGCACUCCAAGCUGCAGGAGCUCUCCUACAUCGCCGAUAGGCUCGGCUGCAGCUGCAAUCAGCUCACCAUCGCGUGGUGCCUGAAGAGCGAGCACGUGCACUCCGUACUUGUGGGCGCCUCCUCGGUGGACCAGCUGUACGACCACCUGGGCGCAUUGCAGGUGGUUCCCAAGCUGACGUCGAUCGUGAUGGCCGAGAUCGAGAAGGUGCUGGACAACCGGCCGCGGCCCGUGCCCCCGCCCAGGUGACAAUUGCAGGAGCCCUGGCUGGGCCCCCGAGCACCGAUCCCCGACAGCCCCGGCUCGCAGCGGCUGCAGCCGCAACAACACAUCGCGCUCGACCUGGACGACCCGGGCCCGGCGGAAGAAGGAGGCCGGGUGCAGCGCUUCUUCGCAAGCGUCGCGCACGCCUGUGUUAUCCAGUAGCGCCUCGCACGUAACGGGACGUCGCGCUGCGCGCCCGCGGUCGUUUCUCUUGUUCUUCCGCGCGCGGUGAGGUGACCCGUAUCUGUCGACACGAAAUUUUGCAGCGAGAGGUUUGGUGAACUAGCACGUUAUAGUCCGCGCUAGCGGUGACGCCUCACCGUCCUAGCACGGCUUGUGUAGUGUCCGCUGUCCAGUUAUUUGUCACCGAUAUCGAGAAGAUGCAAUUGGGGCCGUGCCUGCGAUCCGGUUGUGUACCACGUCGAAGCAAACCGUUCCACGAGCUUUCGACCUACAGACCCCCACGCACGCUCUGAUUCAACAACGUAUACGCAAUACAGGGUCACUUACCAAGUAGCAAAGUAAGUCCUACGUGGCCGCAUUACAAAUUGUUUUCUGGAGCCUUAGCAUGAUUCAUAUGUUAUAGCGUGUCUGUGCUGAAAAGCGCAGCUUUUAAUCGUUUUAGUCCUCGUGCAAAGACGUAUGGUACACAGGUUAAUUCAUGAGCAACGCCUACAUUGAGCUAUAACUCACUGACUCUCUUUUUUCUAAUUCAAUCUUCUUUUUACACACCUGCGUCGGAUUUAAACCCUACCGCUGCUCCUAUAAGUGUUUUUUUUUUUGUUUUUGUUUUUGUUUCCGACAGUUCCCUCUAUCAUCUUUCCGUACAUUCCUUGUCGUCCUGAUCUAAACUUUAUCGCUCUUGUUUUCAGGUAAAAAGUGUCUUGCCACCAUUUCUUAGCUCGAUACAUUCAGAUUGGGACGUUCCAUAAAGUUCUUACACGACAAAAUUCCGUAACGUGUGCGUACGAGGCGCCAAAUGACCACAUAACUGUCUACAAAUGUUCGUACGCAGAACAACAGCUCCGUGUGAUUUGGAGGUCGAAAAGACCGCGCGAAGAACCGGAAACCUUGCGGUACGCGCGGAAGGCGAGGCUGUGUCUAUAGGCGCUCAACGCGCAAUAUUACGCGUCGCUGGCUUGCAACGUGCAAUUACCUACAGCCUAAUCUAUAGCCAGCGCUGUUUCGCAGUUGCCGCAGAACGUCGCUACGGCGUCGUACAGAUGACCGAGUGCGCGUCGUUUGGGAGGCGAAAUCAUUAGAGGCGCCUGCCGAUACGUGCUCGGGAGGUACGGUAAACAACAACAACAAAAAAGAAACAGCCUAAGCGGCUCGAUUAGCCUCUGGCCAUAUCACGCAUAUAGCGUGGAAACGAUGUUCGGAUAGGAGAGAGAAAAAGAAAAAGCGGUAACUGAAACGGUGGCGUAAAAUAUCCUGGCAGAUUUGCGCCAACAUAACGUUCGCUGCAGAGCUCACACCGAAGAGCGCAUAAAGAACCCACCAGGCCGUUCGUUCGCUGCUUUCGGUACGCGGAAGCAGGUUGCCCUGACGUCUGCAGACAGCGAAUGGGGGGACUAUAAGCGAGCGAUAAAAGAAAAAAAGAGAGAAAACUAAAGAGACUUCCUGCAGUGUGUCUGGGUUUAACCCUGACUUUCCUGCUGAGGCCAAAUAACCAAGGCGUGCUAGGAGCUUGAAUUUGCGAGUUGGCACGGCGUACGUUGUCGAUUCUAAUGUUUUUUUUUUUAUUUUGUCUGUGUUUGUUCAUAUAACGGCCAAGGAAAGAAUGACGUAUUAGGACUCGAAGCAAGAACACGUGGUAUCGCGAUGUUUGCGCGAGAAUGAUUUUGUCGAUCCGGCGUUCUUGGGUACCUGAAAUGUAUAGUUCUAUUUUAUUUUUUCUGUGUGUUCCUGGCCGCCUUAUGCGAGUGCAGCGAAGAGAAAGUCUUGCGCGAUCGGACUAUCCCGACAAAAAAGAAACAUAUGAGCAUUAAAUGACGGGACGCUUUCUUGGUGAUCAAAUGCACAUUAAUCGCAUGCGACAAAGGAAUUUUAGGAAGACCGAAGACGGUCGCUUGAACUGAUGAACAGCGCGCUAAAGCAACGCUAAAGGAUCCCUUGCAGCUGCUGCAACUAAAAAAAAAGAUAACUAACACGUCAAAAUCGACGUAUAUAUUGUAUUUAUUUGAUGUGAAAGCACGGAUGUUGCCUCUAAAGGUGUGCGUAGACGGCGGUAUGGUUUUUGCUUACUUGGCAGGUGCAUGCCACGGGACCAAUUCUUGCAUUACGUGGCUUCGCUUGGCAUUCACGAACAAGAGAAACGUCCGCUGGGUCAAGCGAUGGCGUUCGUUACAUGUGACGCUGCAGCCUUUUCCACUCCCGGGGGUUGACCGACACAGCCAGGGCUCAAGAAUAUCUCUGUAUUUAGGCGCGUCUCGUUGCUUGACCAUGUUCGGUUUUUUUUUCUUCCUCUCAAUCCAUUUUUACCUCUGCCUACUGUUUCCCGCAGAAACCACUGAUAUCCAUGUGUCACACUUAAGGCUUUGUUACUAGAGUUACUUAUACCACCUCCUGUUUCGGUGCUAAACUGUACGCGCAGUCACAUGACCUGCGUAAAGUCGCGUGGGUCCUUGGUGUUUGCAAGGGGGCAUGUCCGCAUAACAUAGGAUAUGUAUACAGUCAAAGCCACAGCUUUCACUGUGAGCUGUAGCUUUCACUGCAGUUCGACCUUCUACAUCUUUCAGCGACACGGUCUUUUUUUGUUUGUUUUUGUCUUUUGUUUGUGUCACAUUCGCUUCCAAUACCCAGUCUAAGUUAACCAAUGUCGACUUUGCUCUAACGUGCAAUCAAUGCUUCGGCGUGGCCUCCUUGUGGACUUACCGUCAGAUUGCCGCGUUGAAUUUGUUUUAAUUAAUUCACGAAACCGGAGCAACGCUAUACUACCUCUCUUUUCUUUUAUUUGUACGCAAAAUGAUACUAUCAUUAUUCGCACGCUCCGGUUAUAUACAAACAUUGUCACCAUUCUCCUGCGCCGUGGCGCAGCACCCUGUCUAUUGCUUUUCUUGUUUUCUCGCGAAUGUUACAAAUACAAGGUGACAAGAAUGCAUACUAGACGUUUCGCUUGUAUAAGUCAUCGCGCCUCGCACCAUUUAUAUGGUUAUGCAGAGUAAGCAAGAAAAACCUUACAGUUACGGACACAAUUGGGUCAUUUAACGUUAAUGAUACUGCGAAUUAGGUCUAUAGGAAGUGCUGCCGCCGCAUAAUCGUUUAUAAAUUGAGCUCUGCACGGCUAGUGCCUGAUGUAGAAGGGGCAGAGCUAUGACAAAGAUUUGUUACAGUUACAGGAUUGAUUGAUUGAUUGAUUGAUUGAUUGAUUGAUUGAUUGAUUGAUUGAUUGAUUGAUUGAUUGAUUGAUUGAUUGAUGUUAGCUCUUGGAACCACUAAUUCAGUCACCCUGGAUUAUGAGUGGCGCAGUACAGUGAAGAAGAGCGUCUGGACACGAACCCGCAACCUCAUGUUAAGCAGCAGAACAGCCGCUGCGCAAGUACAGUGAAGCUUAGGUGAAUUUGGUUAGAUGCCAUGCUGCUUAAUGAAAAAAAAAAGUCUUGUGGGCGCAAUGAAAUUGUAAAGAUUCUACCUUCGUGUUUGUAAAUAGCUAACCGCGCUGAAAAAAAAAAAAACAUGUCGUCUGUAUGCAUGUCACUUUGGCGCAUUGCUUUCCAGAAUGCAGGUUGAAUUAUCUGGCACGAGCAGACUGUACAUAUAGAGUUGCACAUUGAAUAACGUAGCCAGAUGAAUACCUUAAAGACAACCUUGAGUGCGUCUCCUUAUGCAAGUUUACAAGAGCAGAUAUUCGAGAAAAGCAGUGCUGUAAAUACGUGCGAACUUAAAGGUUAGAUAACGGAUUGUUUUGCGUAAGUGCUUGGAACCGUAGAACCGUAGGAGAUACCGCGUGUAUCUAAUAUCCAAUCUUCAUAAUUCCAAUGCAUCUGCUUGAUUGAGCAGAAACGUGUAACCAAGGAGGUUAUAUCACCUACGAAAGUUUACUAGCAACGUUAGACACAAAGAAAGAAAGAAACUAAAUUUCGCCGCAACCUGGGCUUAAUUCCAAAUUAUUUUUGCCAUAAAACAUACAAUAAAUGAAAACAACGUUGAACGACGGAGCACUAUUUUCAUCCAGUACAUGUUAAACGCAUGCAGUCGAUAAAUAUCUCGAAAGAAAAUAGAUGGAGAAUAGUAUUAGACCGCGACUUGUCACGCGUAAAACACGCGGGAAUAAGAUACGUCGUCAUUAUUGAAAUCGGUUUCACGAUUGACCAGGCUAUGACCAGAAACGGACGCGAAAGUAAGCCGCGCCCGCAAUCCCGUAAAUCAUUGACUGUUGUCCCUAGAGUUGGGCGUAGUCUAUAUAUAAGACGCACUGAGGUUUACAUAUGCAACAACAACAACAACGUCACGUCGCGCGUUUGUCAGAGGGUCCAAUUCAUUUUAACGUGUGUGGUUGCGAUUGUGUGGGUUACGCGAUCAAGGCGCCCCCGUUUCCCACGUGGGGGGGUGCGAGUCGUUUCCUGUACAUGUUUGACGGAUCUACGCGAAUGCAGGUCUAUCCUUUCUGUGUAUAUAGUCUGUAUGCGCGUUCAGUGAAGCUAUACAUGCUUUGCUUCUGCUUGCAAUGAAACUUUACGUAAGAGUCGUUUGUUAUCUAUGACUGUUGUGCCCAGCAACUUUGUGUCACUGCUGUGCACGUGGUAGCGAAUGUAUAACGCCCGCUGUUUCUGUUUUUUGCUUUUGUGCUUUUUGAAUGCUACAGCAUUUUUCGUUUGUGCGUUUGAAUUGACUAUACUUGUAUGCAAAGAACAUAUACGACCCAGGGGCCGAAUUCGCAAUACUUUGUAACAACUGUUUUGUCCGUUACCAACAGCCUCAUAGCUAAAAAACGUUAAUCUCUGUCACUUGCGGACCGUUCUCCUUUGUUAAAACCACUCUGUGAAGUAAGAAGUGUUUUGUGAGUGCGUGCCCAGAGUGUUACUUCGUAAGAACCGGGGAUGCAGUGCCGUGCCCUACCAUUCGGUAUCGGUUGAUACCGGCUUUCCUCGCAGAUUCGACUUGCAACAUAACUAAACCGGAGCAGCUGUAGUCGUCCUCGGUUUUGCUAUGUGACCAUUGUUAGUUCCUUUCGCCUGUGAAACUUCCUUCUUAGUGCUAGCGUAAUGAAUGGCAACUAGUUUUGAAAAAGCGUCAUGCUGGUGCGGUUGUCUUCGCUAAGAAAGGAGUGCUAUCGUUUCUCGGAUCUCUGUCGCAGCUCUACAACUUACAAUAAAGCACGGGCGAAUGGAUGAGAGAACUGCGAUGUUUUAUAGUGCGUUUGCCGCCCCAUCUUUCCAAGGUGCUGCUGCUUUUGUUGCUUUUUCCCUCCGUUUUGAAAUUCUCAAGUGCCGCCAUACCAAGCAUGCAAGAUUAAGAGUUCAGAAUGCGUCCAAGAAUAAUCCUCAAGGGCGCUUUUAAGACUUCUUAAUUGAAAUGUUGUUAACGAUGAUUUCGCGCAUCCAAUCUAGAAUUGAUUUAUACAAUGGUCCGUUUUGAAGUCUUCCGUCAUGGUUUGAAGCAGCAUGCAGAAUACGAUAGAUUCUAACCGAAAGAUUGCAUAGUCACAACCCGGCUCUCAAACUUGUGUAUAAAGCACCUGAAAAGCUCUCACCAUAAACGAAUGAUUUGAAAUGUUCCUUAAGGUAGACGCAUGUGCCCAAACGAUGUGCUUGCUUACCUCGCGCAGACUGUCUAUAUUAGGUUUGAUCCUAUACCUGUUUCGAUUCGGUUCGCUUCGCUUUGAUUCGAUCUGUUUGCUCCGUCCUCUUUGACUUUUUUGUUGGCAGCAUAAGCCUUUGGUGGAGUCGCACAAGGUAAAACCGCUCCGCAAAUACUAUUUUCCGCAUCAGCCGCGACUGUAUAUAUUGCACGGGCAAACCAUCAACUGCAGCCCUGGUUAACUGUUUCUGACCACAUACGCUGGAAAAGAAGGAAGGAGCGAGCGCCAUCUUUCUUUUUUCCAAGUGCCUUGUAACAUGGCUGCGCAUCUAUCACUAUACAACCUGCUGCUACCCCGCUGUUUAUCUUCCCUCUUUAUUUUCUUGGACGUAAAUAACCUCUAUCUUCUUCCUAAUCGGUUGCAACCUGAGAAUGCAGCGUGAAGUACAUCGUCGUACAAAUCAGUGAGAAUUUGUAUGGGUGCGCCACCCAAUUACGCUCGCUCAUUUUGGUGACGUCACGACGGAUGCGAAGUUCCUUGGAUGUCGACGCCUUUUUGCAGGAACUGUGUUUUCGAGGGCGGAAGAACAGAUGACUUGGGUGCAGUGCGGUUUUGUGGGCGAAGCCUGCGCUGAAUUUCUCAGGUUAUCACCGAUAUCACAGAGCUCGUCUGCUUUGCGUCAUGCAUGCUGCCUGCUGAUUCAGCCACACUAAGCGUUAUGAACAAAUUAUUUUUUUUUGCUAUCGUAUAUCCACGCACGGCGAUUUCAAUUACCGAGCUAAGCUACUCUUUAACGUCGGAGGAAUACACUAAAAUAAAGCAGAUAUAUAAUACUACCGUAUGUAAUAAAGAUCGAGACUGUUUUUUACGUCAAUAAGAACGUAGUUAUCAUAGCCAUUGUAGAGACAGAGUAAUGUCUACACGACGCUUGUAGUCACUGCAUCUAAACCACGGCAUAUUUAUAGCCGAUCCACUGAUAUGCGUAGAAGCGUAGGAAAUCAAUGCCUCCUGUAUAUAGGUGCUGUGCUACGCAGGUGCUGAAUUAUGUAUAAAUUUUGGGUCCAAUUCAGGUGUACUUGUUCUCACGCUUAACUUCUCGUAGCUGCCUUCCCGCCUGCUGACCAAGACUGUACCGUCAUAACUGCUUGUCAGCGAGCAGGCCGUUUCACGAAACAUAACACGUCCCCGUGAAUUUGUUCAUAGCGCCGAGUGCGUUAUUCUGCGCAGGGUUUGUAGACACCAGCGUACGGGUGAACGUUCUGAGAAGAGAAUGUGUACACAGCUUUCCACCGUUCUAUCCUCAGCUGUUUCCUUCUUCCAAGAAGCACAGUGCGACAGGGUCUAAUGGUCCGUUGAUUCUCGAAUGACAAACGCUUUAGAAAUGUUGAAGAUGCCCGUAUGUACGCAGGGGUUGUUAGUACAUGUGUUGUUCAAUGACUAAUUACAAUCAGUGCGGAGUGCACUCUGCUCAGGUGACCGAGUACACACAUUCAUUAGUGCAGCUGUUUCACCCUGCGAGAGAAGGUGCUCGCGCACGGUCCUUCGCGCAUAACUGCACGCAACUUGCCGUCACUCAUGGCAGGAAUAUCAGCCAUGAUAAGUAUAACGAACUACAAGAACGUUUGGACAUAUUAAGCGCAGUAACUAUAGUUUGUCAUACUUUCCUUUCUCUCGAGGCCACAAAGAUAAGUGCGGCUUGGUUUAUUAUUUUAGCGUCGGGGACAUAGCCUAACCGAAACGUUGGCGGUCAUUAGGUCGUUAUCCUAAUGAAUCCCUUUCUCCCGUGAAGCUAUAUUCGUGUGCGCCGAUUUGUUCAUAUUGUCCUCGAAAUAUCCAGUCCUGAGUUAUGGGAGCUUCCGUGAAGGAAGUUGUUUAUGGAGACAAUUCCCACAGAUGGUACACAAUGAAAAAGACCACGACUAGUAAAAAUCCUGCCGUUUCCGUUUCGAGAAGGAAAAAAAAAUAUAUUUUUUCUGGCCACGUGAGUAUCAUACUCGAGCACCGCAGCUAUUUGCGAUUAUAGCUUUUCCGCCUUUUAGUAUUAUGUCAACACAAUAGUUAUUUUUGCGUGAAAAGUGAGCAUAGGGGCGUCGAAAUUUUAUGUAAGCCCCGCCCAGAUUCCGCGAGAACCUGCAAUUGUGCCUCGUGCGCCUUAUUAGCUAGUUUUCGAUGCGUACCGACACUCCCACAAAUUUUCUGCAGUGACGUUCAAUCCGCGGCUUUCCUAAUCAGCCGCAGACGUGCAGUACGGCUACAUGAUCCGGUAUAUAGUUUUCUAAUAACUCGAACCCUCGGUAGCAGUGGCUUAGCUAGGUCGUCUGGUACCCGGGGCCCAUAGGUCUUCUGUCACCCCCCCUCCCCCCCCCCCCCCCCCCCCCGGGUGUAGCCGGCGGAAAGAGGGGUGUCUUCAGACGUAUAUGACACCCCCCCCCCCCUCCAACUGGCCCCUUGCACCCGGCCCCCCGGCCCCCCCUGUUGCUACGCCACUGCUCGGUAGUAGGGCCCGAAGACAAGCAACCGAAGACGCGAUGUUACAACUUCUGACUACCAUGAACGAGCCUACGCAUUCGCUUGUUAGUCCCGCAAGGAAUGACUGAGACAUUGCAUGUGAUAUGCCAACGCCUAUGCAAACACGUGUUUAAGAUCCACUGCUUGCUGCUAAAGCCCGCCGUGGCAUUCAUGGGGUUAUGCUAUACUUGUUGUUGUUUUGAAGACCUGCGCACGACACAGGAAUCCCAAGUCGUUUCUGGAGCUCCAGUGGCCGGAGCAUUCGUUUUCAGGACGUUUGUGAAAUGUGCCCUGCUUCAUCGAUGCCCUUCGAUGCACGAAAUUGAUGCUAUAUUUUUCUGUGCUCCUGGAUCACACGCAUUCAGAACAUUGCGUGCGAUUUGCUGUAUGUUUUGAGACCAGAUUAGGACUGUUAGUGUUCCUCUUUUGUGUGUGUGAGUAAAACAUUUCAGUGCAGUCAAAAUGAUGCAACUUGUGUGCUACUAAGCUACCAGCAAGAGUGUACUGUGAAAAUGCCGUUGGGAAUUGGAUGUGUUCGCAGCAUAUCCUUGCCCAAAGAGGCGUUAACUGAGCGAUGUGUUGUGUUCGUUUACAGUGACGUCAUAUUGUAUAGCUGUGAGGACAUGCGUUUACCGCUGCUAAAUGCUUUUUUCUCUCUCUCUGUAUGAUGGACUACUAACAACAACAGCGAAAAAACUGCAUUCACAAGCGUUCAGAGCGUCUGUGUGUCAGCGUGCGUUACCCUGUUUUCCUUCUAACGCACUGCCAUUUUGUCAUUAUGUACCGGCGCAAUCUGAUGGGAAAGUAUGUAUAUAUAUAUUUGUUUCUUUUUUGCACGAGCCGCAUAGACAAUAGUAACGCUACGUGUAUAGCUGUGUUCAUUAAUUAUGAUGCCUCAGCUAUCGUUGCGCAAUCUGAAAUGCUUUGUAACUUUGAGUACUCUCUCGACUUCUGAAAUUGCUUCAUCGCGCUGUUCGUGCAUGACGUCACUUGACGUAGUAGCAUACGGUUCAUUUUUGUCACCGACAUGUUGGCGUAACUAUUUAUAAAACUGCUGCAUUACCUCUCCGCGAGAGGUGUACUUGAGAAGUUUCAAGAACAGAAACCUUAUUAGUUGGAAGUGCUAGACGUGCAUGGCAACGUUUGUAAUGUGACGAUAUUGUCUAUAGCGACAAAAGGACUCGGCGAAGUAGCCGAGCAUUAGACUAUUGGAAUGCAGUAGCCCGCAAACAUAAACAAGUAAAGCUUUCUUUUGACUUUGUAUUGCCGACACUGUAUAGCUCUUCACGCUUCAUGUAUAUAUACUAUAGAGGGAAGUACGGAAACCGCGAAUGAACGGGAAGCCAGCUGUUUACGCUUUGUUCGUUGCGGUGGUGCUGUCGACGAUGCGACGAAAAGUUUAAUAAAGUUUUGACAUAUCAUG